AUGUUGCAUAUCUUUACAGGAGAGUCAUUUCACAGCCUGGGAUUUUCAUAUAGACUUGGAGAAAGAACAAUUUCAUCAAUAGUGACAGAAACUUGUGAUGCAAUUUAUCAGAAUCUUAAGGAUAGAUAUCUUAAGAUUCCAAGCACAUCUCAUCAAUGGAAAACAAUCAGUGAUGGUUUCUACAAUUUAUGGGACUAUCCUUUUUGUGUUGGUGCAUUAGAUGGCAAACACAUUGCAAUCAAACAACCAAAAAUGUCUGGAUCAGAGUACUUCAACUAUAAGGGAUAUUUCAGCAUAGUCCUUCUAGCAUUGGCAAGUUAUGACUACAAGUUGAUAUUUGUUGAUGUUGGUGCAAGUGGAAGAAAUGGUGAUGCUGGACUUUUUGAAACAUCGCCUCUAAAUCAACAGAUGAAAGACAAAUCAAUUGCCUUUCCAGAAGCUGAGCAAUUUGGGGAAACAUGCAUCAAAUGUCAUUAUCAUAUCAUUGGUGAUGAUGCAUUUCCCUUGAGAAAUGAUAUCAUGAAACCAUUCCCAUUUAGACAACUGUUACAUGAACAGCACAUUUUCAACUACAGGCUUUCUAGAGCACGACGGGUUGUCGAAAACGCUUUUGGUAUCAUGGCUAAUAGGUUCAGGGUGAUGCUGACAAAGAUUAUGUUGGAGCCUGAAAAGGCUAAGCAAAUUGUGCUGGCAAUUUGUUGUCUGCACAACAUGCUGAUUGAUGAGCAGCCUUCAUAUAAAAAUGCAUGUGACAGUGAAAGAGACAACCAUGAGCUUUUUCAAGGCAGCUGGAGAUUAGACAAAUCUCUAACUGAGUUACAGAAGACAAAAAACAGAAACUGUUCAUUAAGUGCUAAGGGUCAGCGUGAGCUUUUGAAACAAUAUUUUUGCUCAACAUCUGGAUCAGUAUCAUGGCAAGAUAGUAUGGUUGCAACAAAAAAUAAUGAACUCAACUAGCUAGUGUUGUAUUGUACCUGCAAAUUAGAAAUAGACACUCUGUUGGAUACAUAUGGGCUUAAAAAUUGAAGGCGGUCUUCUAUCCAUUGAGUCUUCUUCAUCUUUUUUGGUCGUGCACUUCCACUGCUUGGGAUUCUGCGGGAGCGUGCAUAUUGCGUGCGCAGAGAUGCGAUUCUUUUUUUUACUUGAUUCACUAGAAUGAAUAAAACAUGAAUUCGUACAGCAAUGUUUCACUUCAAAUUGAGUAGGCCUAAGAAAAGAGGACUAGCCUAGCUAGCUAGUCAAAAUUAUUCACUCACCGUUUGA